CCUUCCGGUACAAACAGUAAACCAGUCAUUGGAUUGUACACCUUAGCAACCAUAGACGCGUAAAGUGGCUGUAUUAACUUACGAAUGUAUAUGGAUUUGUGAACAUUUAAAUUAAGGGACAGAGAAAAUGACGUCCCUGCAGUUGUUUCCUAAGGUGGAGCAUACGGCCUCCGUGCCAAAGGAGUGGGGUACUGGGAGAUAUAAGGAAGAAGUGGAUGUUUUCGUUCCAAAGGCACCAACUUGGCAGUAUAGUGGAAAGCCUACUGACCAGUUCUACAAGCUUACACAACUGAGGCUGAGCAAUGUCAGAAGUAACGAUGAAUUGGUACCAGAACCACACGAAAGUGCAAUGGGACCUGUUAUGAUCAACAAUACUUUCCCUGGCGAGCAUCCAUAUACCUCACAUAUGCCCAGGACUGCAUUAUUUCCAAGAUUCGACAGUGACAUGGACCCUAAAAAGGGAGUGGCAGCGCGUAAUGAAAGACCAAUCAGCGACGAGAUGCCAGCGAACGCAUACAAUGUCCAGAUAAUACAUAAAACUAAAGGUUUUGGUGACAGGCGCGAAAUUCAGGAGCUGCCAAAGAAUUCGGAUAAGAAAGCAUUAGAAUGGUUAGGAGAAAGGGGGUUUAACCAGCUUGUAAAGGUACAUAACGGCAAACAAGAAUUCUACCCAAUACCACCUAAAGUUGUUGCACCAAAUCUUCAGUCACGAACCGGUGAUAUGAAAGUGUCUUUGCGCACGGCAACUUCGCUACGAAACCUAGAGAGAGACCAGUGGGAGACUACAUACAACAAGAAUCAUACAGGGCUUGGUCCCGCCAAUCCUAACAAGCUAGAUAAUCUGCAGGAAAAGACUGCAUUCUACAACACUCAUGGGAUACAAGAUGACUCAAUUUACCCGCGUUCAGUCAAUACAUUUGAUCCACCAAGACCAUUGGAAGGACGUAUUGCUCGAACUCUCAUCCCUAAACCACCACCAAUGAAAUCAGCCGAGAAAGCCAACGCACCAGAAAAUCCAAACUAUGUCAGAAUGAAGACCUUGUCUGAGCGAGAGGAACAAAGAUUAUUACAUGGUAAAGAAUAUGCAAGUUUACCGGACGACAUAUUUAAGAAGGAUGCUGAGAGGUGGAGGGAGCUUGAACACACGGCUCAUCCUGAUCCAAAUAUAGAGACACUGUCAAAAUUCAAGUCAGAGCCUGAUAAAGUGCCUUACACUCCUGCUGGACCACCUGGGGGACCAGAAGCAAAAUAUUUGGAUUCGACAAAGAGAGACCAAGACAAAAACUUCCAAGAAAUAGAAGCACAGAAUCGAUGGAAGGUAUUAGAAGCUCAUGGGCCAGGUCAUGAUAUUUCUUCAAUGAAUUAUAAAAUGGCUCGUUCCAGCGCACCGGAAAAACCAGCAACAUUUUAUGGACAUGAAGGAAAAUACAACGAACAAAGAGCAGGAUUAUACAAAACCAGUUACAGCCCAGAAAGGCUUGCCUACAACAUGAAUGCCUUAGAAGUAAGCGGACCAGAAAUCAUGAACACCAUGCAUUCUCACAUUGAUGCGCUUAACCUGCCGACACGUUUAAACAGUGAUAUGAAAGAUGCGUUUCGUUAUAGUAGAACGCUAAGUUCAAGUCAACCCAACCUGGCCGGAGACCGUCGAGAUGGCAGAGAUUUGGUGAAUCAACACCAAACGCUGAAACGUAGCCAGACACAAAUAAUCCAGCCGACGGUGGAAACAGCAAGAGUAAAGGUUCAGGAGGGUAAUACUAUUUUGAAGGAAAGCACCAUGGGGGAUAGUUAUAAUACACAGAAAUUCCUUCAAGAACACGAGCUUGGAAAGUUUUCAAGGAAUGAACCUUUACAAGUAAUGUCAUCUGUAAAUCAGAAUUUGCACAAUGUGAGGAAAGCUAGUUCUACAAAAUCGAAAAACGUAAAAUUCGCAGACAAUAUAACGGUAGCACAAAGUCUUGACAGUGGAAUUUUGCGAUUAAGUAGUGCUCCAACACGUGGCUCCCCACGCAUGGUGUUAGAUUGGGAUCCAAACCCUGCAACGGAACCAGUGGUAACUACCCAGUAUACGAGUACACAGGCCCAGUACCAGCCUCAGUUUGAUAAAGAUGCGGAGGAAGAAGAUGCUGACAAGGAGGUUAAUGUAGACGAACCAGUCAAUGUACCGAAAAUUAAAUUUACAAACAUAGAGACAAAACUUGAAGAUCGCGACAAAGAAGAAAAACCGUUCAUUGCAUAUUCAAGUGUGCUACGGAAGCGUCCAGUAACCAGUGAUCCUAGUAGCGAGUAUAGAAAUGAGUUCAGCAGUAAAGGAACUAAUUUCAUCCCAUCGAAUCUGCAUAAUUCGUUAUCAUAUGAUUCAGCUUACAAAGCCCAGUUUCCAAAUCAUCAUAUAGGCUACAAACAUGAUCCAAGGUUCAGCUGGCAGCCUGGACAUGGAGUACCAAGACCGCAAACAAGUUUGUUAGAAAUACAGAACAGCUUUGAAAAGUCAACUGUAAGAAAGAAGUUCCACUCAGAAUUUCGAGAAACUAAUCCUGAUCUUCGAGCCAAUAUAGUGAGCGGAAAGAAGCAUAACUUUUAUGGAAUAAGUGGACAGUUAUUGCAUGGUUAAUGAGGAGAUGACUAAGUUUCCUCCAUAUGAAGGUCUAGAGACACACAGAGAGACCAGUGACGAUAAAUUCAUUAAUGGACAAAAACAGUUUUAGAAAUAGAGAUGGGUGGGAAGUAUAUUUUGGGAGAAACUGCCUUUCACCAGUAUUAUAUAAAUUUUAUAUUGUUAAACACCUUUCUACAAUUGUUUUACCUGUUGUUGUUUCCUUAAAGUUUAUCAUGAUGUUGACAUUUCAUCAUUGUUAUAAUGUUAACAUACGAUCACCCUUUGUUAUAAUGUGUCCGUAUGUUUGUAAGAGUCUCAGUUCGACGAAAUUUAGUAUACAGGACAUCAGUUUCUUGAAAUAGCUGCUUUUAAAUUGCAGAUCUAUUUAAAGAAACUGUCUUUCGUAUUCAUUCAAGCAACUAUGUCUGUGAUAAAAAAAUUGGAUCAUUGAAUAUUUCUACAUGGUUUUAUUGUUCAUUAUACUGUUAAGAUAUGCCACAUGUCAGUAUUAUAUUGUACGUUUUGUCUUCUCAUGCAAUUUCAUCUAAGGCCAAAUAAACCGUAUUUAAGUUGUUGUUUCAACAGAAACUUCGAAAUGUUAGGGAAUACAUUUGACCAAUCUGCAUGCAAUAUUUGUGUUGAUUUUUGUCUUUUCUACGGACAUAAAAGUUUAUAUAUAAAACCAACCAUUGAGUUCAAAGAUGAAAAUCUAAGCACUAAACUAAAUCAGAAUGAUAUUCUUUCGUAUAGUUUGUAUAUCGUAAUUGGCACGUAUACAUGCUCCUUUUAGAUGUUUUGCUCAUAUCAAUCCUGUACAUCAUUUCUAGUCUGAAUACAACUGUAUGUGUGCGUGUUUACACUUCUUAUUCAAAUAUAUGUUUGACCUUUGGCUUGAUAUAUGUUAUCUGCUAUACUAUGUGAAAUAACUUUCCCUUUCAGUUUAUGUAUGUUGUGAUGUUGUUUAUUACUUUACUGUACACUGUGUUAUGGAUUUGCUCAAUAAAAUCAAAAACUGCA